AAAUAACGUGAUAACGAGCGACCGAGACGAUUUUUUCGGGAAUCCUGGCCCAUAUCAAAGUAGGAGUACCUCACGUUUCCGUGAGAUGGAGAUUUAUUGGUGGGGCGGUGCCCUGGCCUGCGGAAUCCGUGUUAGGUCAGUUACUUGACCCUUCCGCCGGCGCCGACGCAAUUCCCCGCCUCGCCCUGUUCGAUCCAAAUCGAGCCGUACUCGCGAGAGCGAGAUCCAAAUCGAGAUUUCUCGACCCUAGGUCUCGUCGAACCAUGGGUCAGCUGAUGCUCAAUCGGGUGAUAUCGAUGCAGCGGGAAAGUCGUCGCCUGCAAAUACAACCCCAUAAUGGACCAGCUGAUUCAAUGGUUGACAGAAAGGACUCAACCUGCAAACAAGACCAUUGUUCCCAAGGUGGUGAAAUACAAUACCCUGGGCCACAUCUUCCAGAGGAUAUUUGGUGUCAUAUAUAUUCCCUACUGCCAAUGCGAGAUGCUGCUCGAGCUGCUUGUGUGUCUCAUGCAUUUAAACGUUCUUGGAGAUGCUAUCCGAACCUUGCUUUCAAUAUGAUAACAUUGGGCAUUGAUAUAGAAUCAUGUGGAGAGGACGGAAUAGCAAGAAAUUUUACCAACAAAGUUGACCACAUUUUGAAAAACCGCCCAUGCAUUGCCACCAAGACGCUCGAGAUUGUUUUCCGUUACUACAAUGCCAAAGUCUGUAACAUUGAUAGCUGGUUUCAGGCUGCUGUUACACCGGGGAUUGAAGAACUCACUAUAGAACUAUCUUCAAAGUCAGGAAGAUAUUACAACUUUCCGUGGUCACUUUUAGCCAAUGAGAGUGGAAACUCGAUUCGGUAUCUAAAUCUUGCCCGUUGUGCUUUCUCUCCGACUGACGAGUUGUGCUUUAAAAGCUUGUCAAGACUCGAGCUAAGCGAUGUUGCUAUUACGGGGGACCAGUUGGGAUCCAUUCUUCACAAUUCUUUUGCUUUGCAACGGAUGCAACUAAAGUUUUGCAAUAAGAUAAUUUGCUUGAAGAUACCUUUUCAUCUACAACAGCUCAGAUAUCUGGACGUGUUUGAUGGCGGCAGCUCGCUGCGGGUUAUAGAGGUAGAAGCUCCAAACCUCUCUAAUUUCCAGUUUAUGGGUCAUCGCAAAGUACACCUUUCGUUUGGAGUAGGAUUGCAAUUCAAGAAGUUCGACCUGUACUUUCCUGGUGCUAUCAGCUAUGUUUGUGCUGAUUUUCUGUCCAGCUUGCGAUAUGUUGAAGAUCUUUCCCUAGGUUCACGUUGUGAGAUGAUUGAUACACCAGUUCUACAUAGCAAAUUCCUGCAUCUCAAGCACUUGAAUGUUGAUCUUCAAGCAAUGACAUUUUCCCCGACCUACGACUAUUGUUCUUUGAUAUCACUUUUUGAUGCUUCUCCUUUCUUGGAGACCCUUGUCAUGAAUGUGUUGCAGCAAAAGAUGUUGCACGAGUCAAUCGUGGGAGAUGCAUCACAUUUGAGGCAGAUGCCAGGACACCACCAUGAUAGCCUCAAGACAGUGAAGAUCAUUGGUUUCUCCUCUGCGAAGAGCUUAGUAGAGCUAACAUGCCAUAUCAUUGAGAAUACGAGCUCACUUGAGAGCCUUACAUUGAACACCACAACGGGACAUCCUUUCGACAGCUGUUUAACCAACAAUACUGGAAAGUGCAACCUGUUGGGCGUGGAUUUUAUGGUGGAAGUUGGUAGAGGGCUCUUGGCUAUCAGGACAUAUGUUGAGCCAAAAGUUCCCUCCGGAGUUGAGCUAAAUGUUGUGGAGCCUUGCCGCCGAUGCCAUGAUCAACCACCGCCGAUGCCAUGAUUCCUGUGUAAAAGUUCCCGCAAGACAUCAUAAGUACCCUAUGAUUCCUGUGUAAAAGUUAAACUAGAACGUCGAGGAACCUUCUGCUGCUGCUACCCGGGUUAUAUACCCAAAACCCAAUAUUUAAUGUAACUAGUAGGCUGUGUGUUGCGACGUA